AUGACUGAAAAAAUUAGAACAUAUUCUCAAGGCAAGGCAGAUGCCAGAUACGUGGGCCAAUCUUUAAAGCAACACACAACACAAUGGAAACAUAAUCAUGUUAUCCACGACCCAGAAGAUGACGUAGGGGAUGGUGUAGGUGAUGUAGGAGGUGUAGAGCUAGGUGGUGGAGUAUUAGAUGGAGCGGUUAUGGCAGGUCCAAGAUUAGGAUAG